GCACGAGUAGAAGACCGCCGCCAUUUCAUCUUUGCCACCCCGGAUGGUCUUCAAACUCUCUGUGGGGCCAAACGGUGGUAUAUGGACGGGACUUUCAGAUCGUCCGGGCACCGUUUUAUCAGCUUUUGACUAUCCACGCCUUCAUCAAAUCGGGCGAUGUCAUGAAGCAGCUUCCGCUAGUCUUCAUUCUGAUGUCUGGGAAGCGGAAAAGGGAUUAUGGCGAGGUCCUCUCUGUUCUUUUGGAACACCUGCCAAGGCAGCCUGAAGUUAACAGCGUUGUUGUUGACUUUGAGGCAGGUCUUUGGCAAGCCAUUAGGGAGACCUUACCAGACCUCAACAUCCAUGGAUGUGUCUUCCACUGGACCCAGGCUGUCUGGCGAAAAGCUGCUUCUAUUGGGCUCUCGUCAGCGUACAGACAUGACGACGGGACGCACGAUUUGAUAAGCCUUGGCCUGCCGUUCCUUCCUUCGGCACACAUCGGGCAAGCUUUCAAUAAGCUUCGAGAGCGAGCCUCGACCCCCCUGCUUGAGGAGCUGAUGGUUUACUUGGAGGAGACCUGGAUAGACAAUCCCUUGUGGCCCACCCACUCAUGGUCGGUGUUCAGGCAGUCGAUACGUACCAACAACGACGUUGAGGGUUGGCACCGGCGCCUCAACGACCAAUCACCAAAUGGACAGCUGCCCUUCUAUGUUCUGGUGCCACUUCUCCACCAAGAGGCCAAUCUGCUACCCCUUCAGCGGAAAUUGGUGUCCGAAGGAAAGUUAUGCCGCAGACAGAGGAAGACCGGACAACAGCAGCGAAUCUUCCGCCUCUGGGACCAGUACGAGUCCAAGGAAAUUCGCUCCCUGCGGUUCCUUUCCAAGUGUGGUAAGAUUAUAGGCCCCAUUGACAAACAGACGUGACUGACCUUUUAAAGAGCCCUGGACAAUGAGUAUCAGAUCUCUACGUCGCCUUGCUGCGACAUUGCGUGAUGCAUGGGGAUCUGAA